AUGUCUCAAAUUUGUCCACAAACGUUAUCAACAGCAACCUCAUCGAGUUCAUCUCUGCCUCCAUCAUCUUCUAAUACACUGAAUAGCAGUACGACAAAUUCAGCGACGAAAAUCUUUAUCUAUAUUGAGAGUAAUCGAGAUGAUGCGAAUGAGCCAUUUUCGAUCAAGUUAAAUAAAUCAUCGACGUCGAUUACACUCGAUGAUUUUCUUGACGUUAUUCCAAAACCAUAUACGCGGAAUUAUAAAUACUUUUUUAAAUCGAUUGAUCCUGUUCUCGGCGUUAUUCGAGAGGAGAUCACUGAUCGACAGCAAAUCUUACCCUCAGCUAAUGGCCGUAUUGCUGCCUGGCUAAUGCCAGCUGUUUUAGCACAGGACACGACGAAUGACAUAACAACUACAACAGUUAAUACGAGCUAUCGAAGACGGCAUCGUCAACAGGACGAUUCACUAUUCACUAGUGAUACAAGUGCUUCAGAAAUGACAGACACUGCAAGUCAACUGGAUCAUGAUGAUGAUCGAUUUUCAUCGAUUACAGAAACAACUAAUACAACAGAUGCUAGUAGUAAUUAUCGUCGAGCACGACGACGACGAAGACAUCAACAGCAUCAUCAUCAUCAUCAGCGCCGAGAACGAGCUUCAUCAAUGAGCAGUAUGACGGACUCAACAAUUUCAAUGGAUGUUGUUACCGUUGUUUUAAGUUUAGAACGCAUUAAAUACCUUGGUAUGACCGUAGUUGGAGAAUCUGAGGGUGGAAUUAUUGUGGGGUCAAUUAUGAAAGGAGGUGCUGUAGAUGCAGACGGUCGUAUUCAACCAGGUGAUAUGAUUCUACAGAUGAACGAUAUCAGUUUUGAGCAUAUAUCAAACAGUGAUGCCGUACGGUUAUUACGAGAAACCGUCAAAGAUGCAAAAUCAAUCAAAUUAGUUAUAGCCAAACGAUGGAAUGAUUAUUACGGUCUCUUGGAUGAUAAUCAAAGCAAUGGAUAUUUUCCACUUCCACAUCAAGCAAUCAUGAAUAACAACAAUAAUGCACGGCAGGAUCCUAUACGACCAAUUGAUCCACGUCAAUGGAUUGCUCAGACAAAUGCCGUAUUCAUGCGGCGACGUUCUUCACUCUCGCCGCCACCACCAGCUAGUUCAACGUUAUCGUCAUCAGCUUCUAGUUCGCCAAACACUCGUAGCGGUAUAAAAAAAUAUCGUUAUGAUUUAAAUUUAACACGUAAUUCUGAUAUGGAAACAAUCUGUCGUGCUAUUCAACAACCCCACUCAGGUCUAGAUAUACGCGAUCGUUUAUGGCUAAAAAUCAUUCUGAAGAAUUCUUUCCUUGGCUCGGAUCUUGUACAUUGGUUAUAUAAACAUGUUGAUGGAUUUAUUGAUAAACAAGAUGCCAAAGAAUAUGCAUGUGCCUUGCUUGAACGUGGUUACAUUCGCCAUCCAAUUGUAGGCAUACUAACACGUGGUUUCAGUAAAUCGUGUUACUAUGUCUUUGGACAUUGCAAUGAUAAUGAUGACGAAGACAACAGUCAGAUAAAUGAAAUGUCACAAUUGACUAUCGGUGAGAGCACAAUGAAUUAUGAAGCUUUUCCACGUCCAACAUACGGUUUCGUCGACAAAAACAAUGUGCCAGUUUUAUAUGCAUCAACUUCAUCACUUACGUCAUCGUAUAACAAGAAAACAAAAAGUCAAUCAAGUGGUGAAAGCGGUGGUAUACGUAUGACACCUUCGUCCUUUCUUGCGAAUAAUAAUGCGACACUUUCAACAAUACGAAGUCAUCAUCGUCCGAAUAAUAAUUCGACUUGUACAACAGACAAUUCAAUAAUAACGAUCUAG